CACACCACCCCUCGCGCACUCGCACUCGCACUCACCCCAAGUCAGCUGCCCUCGCCCGUAGCUGUCCUUCACGCCUCGCACGCACACGCCCAUCCGCACCCGCCUCCAUUCGCCCAGCAUGUCGCAGGUCGAGGGCGUCCGCAUCACCGGCCGCAUCGAGCCGGAGCAGCAGAAGAUUCUCUCGCCCGAGGCAUGCAAGUUCCUCGCGCUGCUGCACCGCUCCUUCGACGAGCGCCGCCACAAGCUGCUCAACAACCGCGUGCUGCGCCAGACGCAGUUCGACGCCGGCGCCCUGCCCAACUUCCUCCCCGAGACGGCCGACAUUCGCGCCGACCGCACCUGGCGCUGCGCUCCGCCGGCGCCCGGCCUGCGCGACCGCCGCGUCGAGAUCACGGGCCCCGUCGACCGCAAGAUGGUCAUCAAUGCGCUGAACAGCGGCGCAUACACGUUCAUGGCCGACUUUGAGGACGCCACGUCGCCGACGUGGGCCAACAUGCUCGACGGCCAGGUCAACAUGAACCUCGCGGUGACGCGGCAGAUCGACUUCAAGCAGAGCAACGGCAAGGAGUACAAGCUGGCGCCGCUCGGCAAGACGGCGACGCUCAUUGUGCGUCCGCGCGGCUGGCACCUCAACGAGGAGCACUUCCUCGUCGACGGCAAGCCCAUCUCGGGCUCGCUCUUCGACUUCGGCCUCCACUUCUUCCACAACGCCCACGCCCUCGUGCAGAGCGGCUACGGGCCGUACUUCUACCUGCCCAAGAUGGAGUCGCACCUCGAGGCACGCAUGUGGAACGACGUCUUCUGCCUGGCGCAGGACUACAUCAAGAUGCCGCGCGGCACGAUCCGCGGCACCGUGCUCAUCGAGACGAUCACCGCCGCGUUCGAGAUGGACGAGAUUCUCUUUGAGCUGCGCGACCACUCGUCGGGCCUCAACUGCGGCCGCUGGGACUACAUUUUCUCGUUCAUCAAGCGCCAGCGCUACAACAAGGGCGCCGUGCUGCCGGACCGCGCCGACGUGACGAUGACGGCGCCGUUCAUGAACGCGUACGUCGACCUGCUCAUCCAGACGUGCCACAAGCGCCAGGUGGCGGCGAUUGGCGGCAUGGCCGCGACGAUUCCCAUCAAGGACGACAAGGCGCGCAACGACGCCGCCAUGGACAAGGUGCGCGCCGACAAGCUGCGCGAGGUGACAAAGGGCCACGACGGCACGUGGGUGGCGCACCCGGCGCUGGUGCAGAUUGCGCUCGAGGUGUUCGACAAGCACAUGAUCGGGCCGAACAGCUACCACAUGCGGCGCGAGGAGGUCAACAUUGGCGCGCUCGACCUGCUCAACUCGACGGUGCAGGGCAAGAUUACCGUCGGCGGCGUCAAGCAGAACUGCGAGGCGCUGCUCGUGUACUGCCAGUCGUGGCUCGAGGGCCUGGGCUGCAAGGCCGUCAACUACUCGAUGGAGGACGCGGCGACGGGCGAGGUGUCGCGCUACCUGCUCUGGAGCUGGAUCUACCACGGCAAGUCGACCGACGACGGCACGCAGAUCACCGCCGCCUACGUCGACAAGGUGCUCGACGCGGAGGCGUCGAAGCUGCAGAAGAACAAGGCCCUCGAGACGUCGCUGCAGUACAUCAAGAACGACCUGCGCCAGAAGGCACCGUCCGAGUUCCUCACCUCGAGCCUCUACGCCCACCUGCCGCACGACCGCGCGCCCGCCAAGAUCUAGGCCGCUCUCCGUCCCGGCAGCGUCUCGAUCUCCCUCUCUACUCUAGCUCGAUCUCGCUUUGUGUCCCGAUAUUCCAGGCCUUGUCUCUUGUCUGUCUCUCUUCUCCCGCGACGCGCAAUCAAACAAUCGACACCC